AUGUACCAUUACAACAGUCCGCACCCCGGGUGGUCUUCCUACGACUACAUGACCUCCCCGCCCACCUCGCCUCACUACGCCUUUUACGCCACUCAGUUUGCCAGCCCCUACGCCUCCCCGCGCGGUCCGUCGAAGCGUCAUAACCGCAAAGCCAGUUACGCUGGCACCAAGGAAACGGCAGGAUGGUACUCUGGGUAUGGACAGGGUGUCUAUGAAGCGAUGCCCGAGCAUGGCACGCCGCCGCGCAAACACGAUCCUGUAAGUGCUUCUUUUGGUGGCUAUCACCGUCGCCGUAGUACCAUGUCAGGUGCGCCCGCCGGUCCGUGGGAUGCCGCCGGUCCCCACCCAUCGCAGCCGUCGCACAAGCCCUCCAUCUACGUGGAGGUGGUCGACGAUGUAUUCGAUGACGCCCCCCGAUACGCCGUUCGCGAGGAACCCAGUCCUCCCCGUCGCAAACCGACGACGCCUCCGCGCAAGCCGAAGCCACCCACUGAUCAAUACUUUUACUAUAACCAGGCCCCUGCCCAUGAAGACGUUGAUUCCGCGAAGCGCUCGCGCGCGCGCCGCCAGUCCACCUCUACCCGGACCCCGUCGAAACCCAAGCCGGAACCUGCGGCCAAGCCUCCACCCAAGGCCACGGAAGAGGACGCUGCGCGUGCGGGAAUCCCUCCGGGUUAUUCGAUCAAGAACUGGGAUCCGACCGAAAUGCCCAUCAUCCUGCUGGGAAGUGUGUUUGAUGCCAACUCGCUCGGCAAGUGGAUCUACGACUGGACGGUGUUUCACCAUGGCGCGUCGACCCCGAUGGCGGAUGUGGCCGGAGAUUUGUGGUUGUUACUGAUCAAGCUGGCCGGUAAGGUGAAGCGAGCGGACGAGUGUGUGGACCGGAUCAAGCGCCGGGAUGCGCACGAAGUGGUGGAGGAUUUUCUGGAAAGUGGCGAACGGCUGUGGGCGCGAUUCAAGAAGCUGCUGAAAACGUGCGAACAGUUCAUGUGGAAGGCCGCUAAACGCGAAGGCGGCAAGACGGUGUCGAUGGGCCGCAAUGCCGGCUGCGAAUUUGUGGAGACGAUCUUUGGUCGCGACCGCGAGCUGGAAAGCACGGAGAAGUUGAUGAACAGCAUUCGACUGUGGAACAUGCGUUUUGACGCCAACUGCGAAGAGAUUCUUCGCCGCCCGUCCGCGGCGUAA